AACGGAACAUUUCCAGUUUAAGCGACAUGUUAUUGCCGCACGCUAUGAAUUUUUCAAACGGGAGAUGAAGCCCUCACAAACACACAAAAAAUGGGUUGCCGAUUUACGUGGAAUAGCACGCCAGUGUAAAUUUGUCUGUCUAGCACCAGGAUGCUCAGCUAAUUUAGUAGACGAAAUGAUUCGUGACCAAAUUAUAGUGCAUACGUCAUUCGAUCCAAUACGUUCAGCAGCUUUGCAAAAGUUACAACCGACAUUGGAAGAUGUGCUCAUAAUUGCCGAAAGUUAUGAGACAACAACCAAAACCGUUGCUACACUUAAGAACGAGAGCGAAAAGCAUAUUCCAGUGAACGCAGUGCACACACGCACAUACGCAAACAAGAAGAAAACAGUUAGAACUGGAAACACACAAAACGCAUUACAAUCGUGCUCUGGCUGUGGACACUCUCAUGCAAGAGAGAACUGCAAAUUUCGUCAUGCCCAAUGCAAUCAUUGCGGUAGAAAGGGACACAUAGCUGUCGUUUGCAAGUCCAAGCAACAGAACAAAAAUGAUCAUAAGGUACGAAGGGAUGAUCAUAGCAAAACCGUCAACGACGCACAACGUUUUCGUCAGCCAGAAAUUAUACACAGUGUAACAGGUAUAGUGAAAUUUGAUUCAAAUAAAAACACUAUUGAAGUCGAAAUUUUGCAUAAAUUUAUAACAUUUCAAAUGGAUUCAGGUGCAACCGUUUCAGUUAUAAAUUUACAAACAUAUCAGCAAAUUAACAGCCCAAAGCUGCAAAAGAGCAACAAAAUAUGCACGCCUUCGAGCUAUCUUCAACCACAUCGCAAAGUACAAUAGCAGCUCUUACAGAUAUUUUCGCCAUUGAGGGAUACCCAAAAACGUUAGUCAGCGAUAACGGUCCUCAGCUUACAUCCGACACAUUCAAGGAUUUUUGUAACAAACACGGAAUAACGCACAUCACAACAGCCCCAUUUCAUCCAGCAUCGAAUGGGUUGGCCGAACGGUUCGUACAACAAUUUAAAACAUCUAUAACAAAAAACAUUCAAGAGGGACAUAAAACUAAAAUGGCAGUAAUUAAGUAUCUAGCUUCAUAUCGAUUCACACCGAAUGCAGACAACAAAACCCCAGCUGAGUUACUUCACGGAAGACCAGUUCGCACCUUGUUGAGUCAACUUUUUGAGCAAUCACACGACAAUCAUCGUAGCCAUCAUUCCGAAAAGUACGCAAUUGAUCAACAAGUCUUUGCACGAAAUUACGCCAAGGGAGAAAAAUGUGUAGAAGGUACCAUAGUCCGUUCCCUGGGUAAAAUGCUGUACAUCGUAAAUACACACGUAUUUGGUCAUAUCAGACGCCACAUCAACGAACUCAAGCCGAGAUUUGGUCCAGAAACCACUGAACAGAUACGUCUGAAUUCUGGUGGCAUCAUUACUUGGAAAACUCAUCGUCACCAACAGAGCAACGAUCUACAUCGCCAUCGCUAAGUGCUUCCCAACCACUAGAAGCCCUACAGCCAUCUUCAGCAUCACGGUCAGCAGUCUUGCCUUCGCAACCGGAAGUCCGACAAGGUUCCAGCCACCGCCGCUCUGGCAUUCCUGUUCGAAGAAGCAUUCGGUGUCGCCAGCUUCCCAACCGCUACAGUCCUACUAACAUUAGAAAUAACUAACAGCGAAUGUGUUGUAAUUUAAGGGAGGAGAUGUUGUACAUCCUCAUAUACAUAAAAUAGCUUUUAACCAUUCGCACUUGUUAACGUUGCUCCAGUACUCAUUGUCAAUGUACUCAUUCACAUAUGCCACUAACAAAAUACUA